UGCGCGCUGCACAUACGUGUGCGGUCCGCCGUGCGCGCCGAACGGCCGCGGGUCGUGCACAUAAACAUGCGUGGCGGUGGAUCGAUGCGUAUGCGCAGGUGGAUUUAUAACCACAACAGAGCUGCGGUUUUCUCAAAUAAUGAUGAAGCCCUUAUUAACAAAAAAUUGCCCAAAGAACUUCUGUUAAGAAUAUUUUCUUUCUUGGACAUAGUUACUUUGUGUCGAUGUGCACAAGUUUCCAAGGCAUGGAAUGUUUUAGCUCUGGAUGGAAGCAAUUGGCAAAGAAUAGACCUUUUUAACUUUCAGACAGAUAUAGAGGGUCGUGUUGUGGAAAAUAUAUCGAAAAGGUGCGGUGGGUUCCUGAGACAACUUAGUCUGAGAGGAUGUCACGUUGUUGGAGACUCCUCCUUAAAGACCUUUGCACAGAACUGUAGAAACAUCGAACACUUAAAUUUGAACGGGUGCACAAAAAUCACUGACAGCACGUGUUACAGUCUUAGCAGAUUCUGUUCCAAGCUGAAACAUCUGGAUCUGACAUCUUGUGUAGCCAUCACAAACAGCUCUUUGAAAGGUUUAAGUGAGGGUUGCAGAAAUCUGGAACAUUUGAAUCUUUCCUGGUGUGAUCAGAUUACGAAGGAUGGUAUUGAAGCACUGGUGAAAGGGUGUAGUGGACUAAAAGCUCUAUUUCUUAGAGGUUGCACACAGUUAGAAGAUGAAGCAUUGAAACACAUUCAAAAUCACUGUCAUGAGCUUGCAAUCCUGAACUUGCAGUCCUGCACACAAAUUUCAGAUGAAGGUAUUGUAAAAAUCUGUAGAGGAUGCCAUAGACUUCAGUCACUGUGUGUUUCGGGCUGUUGCAACCUUACAGAUGCUUCUCUCACAGCACUUGGUCUAAACUGCCCAAGGCUGAAGAUUUUGGAAGCUGCAAGAUGUUCACAGCUCACAGAUGCUGGUUUUACCCUUUUAGCACGGAACUGCCACGAGCUGGAGAAGAUGGACUUGGAAGAAUGUGUUUUGAUAACUGACAGCACCUUGAUACAACUUUCUAUACACUGUCCUAAACUACAAGCAUUGAGCUUAUCUCACUGUGAAUUGAUCACUGAUGAUGGGAUUCUUCAUCUGAGCAACAGCACGUGUGGUCACGAGCGGCUGCAAGUACUGGAGCUUGAUAACUGCCUGCUCAUCACUGACGUGACCCUGGAACACCUGGAGAACUGCCACAACCUGGAGAGAAUUGAGCUGUAUGACUGCCAGCAAGUCACACGGGCUGGAAUCAAAAGAAUCCGAGCUCAUCGACCUCACGUGAAAGUGCAUGCUUACUUUGCUCCAGUAACUCCCCCUCCUUCGGUCGGAGGGAGCGGACAGCGCCUCUGCAGAUGCUGUAUUAUUCUUUGACACAAAGUGCAACCACACAGCAUUCUCUGUUUAGUUUUUUUUGUUGUUGUUGAAGAAAAGAACUGGACUGCAAGUCAGUGGAAGGAGUUGGUUUCCCGACUGUUACAAUGGUG